AAAAGAAAGGCAGUCAUGGCUCCUUGGAUGACGACCACAACGGAGCGAUAUGGCGUAGUAACAUGGAAUUUCAUUGGCCUUGGGGUGAAGCAGCUGUCUCUGGAGGUUGGGGACACAGUCCACAUCCAGGAGACCUGCGAUGGCUGGUAUAAAGGCUACCUAGUCAGGAACAAGGAUCGACAGGGAGCAUUCCCGGCCAGCAUAGUGCAGCUGAGGAAGGUCAUCAUUGAAAAGCAAGGGGACCAGGAGGUGGUGUUGUCAGCAGAGAUGCCCCUAGUGAAGGAGGUGACCACCACUCUGAGGGAGUGGGGAAGCAUCUGGAAACAACUCUAUGUGACCAAUAAGAAGAAGCGUGUGGUGCAGGUCCAACGGCUGAUGUGGGAUCUGAUGGAAUGGCGUUCCCAGCUCCUGUCUGGCACGCUGCCUAGCGACGAGUUCAAGGAGCUCAAACAGAAAGUCACCUCCAAAAUUGACUAUGGCAACAAGUAUGGCCCAUAGACUCUAACAGAACUACACUCUUAGAAUGAGUGGUGACUCGAGAAACCCUGGAGUUCCUCAAGGAACCAUUACUAUUCAAUGGAUAAUAUUUUCACCUUUGGUUACUUAAGGGGGUUCUUGGAAGAACAUGUAAUGGUUCAUUGUAGCAAUGGGUUCCUCUGGAGUGGAGGCAUGGCUUAGCAGGGGCAUGGCUUUAAGAUAUAUAUUUUUUUGGCCACCCGUUAGAGUAAAUGUCAUUCCUGUUCAUCUGUUCUGUUGUAUUGUCAUCACAUGUUAAGGUUGAACACUGACAGUUUUGUAGCUUCAGGGCGGUUACAUGCACACAGUAAUGC